CCCUGAAGCAUACAUCAUUCCGACCAAUAACGAACACAAUAGUAUUAGACUCUGGGUUCGCCGCAAUUUUGCAUAUCCGGGGGGCCUGAAGCUACGCAACUCACUAUCUUCAAAAUCUUAUCCCCGCUUCUAGGCUUCCAUUUUCAUCAAAUGUCCUCGCCUCCUGUCAAAUGCUUCAUCUGACCUCUAACAUUAAAACAAAAUGGUUUUAUUUUAUGUGCUGGAGCCUCUCUUACUAGUGGUAGUUUCUGUAUUCAUCAGCCCAGGCCAAAUGGCUCGCACCGAGCAGUCCCCCAACGACGCCCCAAUCUGGACACCAUCUGCAGGCUGCCCGACCAACAUCACAGCCACGAUCCCAGGCUACAACCCACACACUCUUCCGGCUGGCCACUACAACUUUCCUUCCACGGCCGUCGUCCACGAGGCCCUGACACACUGCCCGGGCCUAUCAUCACUCUACCUGCGCGUGGCACUACGUGGCUGCAGCAACUGGCCCGACCGCUGGAACCUCCCGUUUGCUCUAGAAGGUGGCACGACCUACCCGCCACUCAAACAUCUCAGCCUCGAGGGCUACGACUUCGACCAGUCGGAGUGGACAGAUGCGAGACCGCCAGACUGGUGGUUCGAUCUCGGGGCCUGGAGCUGGUGGGUGCAGAGUGGGCGGGCGGCACGAUGGUGGGAGUAUCGUAAGCUCCCUAUCGAGGAGAGGAUCAAGACGAAUCUUGACCUCUGGCUUGACGCGAUGGAGUUUGAGAAACUAGAAAGCUUGGGGAUGAGGGUCGAUUGGGCGGUGCCGAAGAGCUUUGAAGAGAAAGCUAUACCGAGGCUUGAGGGGUUGAAGGAGCUUGCGCUCUACGAAGCCCCGGACUGUGGUCGAAGUGCGGCGUGGAUCAGGAGGCUGAAGCCGUUGACGAGUCUGAAGUGGAUUGGCGGGUUUGGUAUGGAUGGAGUCGCUCCAAGAGCGCUACUGAGUCGCCAUGGAAAGACGUUGGAGACGCUGGAGUUGAGGCGCGAGGAGUGGCUAGGUGGUCGACGGCCUGUACUUUCAGUAACAGAACUGGAGCAGCUUAGAGAAUCCGCACCACGGCUGAAGAGCUUGAGUGUCGAUGUGAAUCGAAAUGGGACCUGGCCAGUUGAAGAGCUUGAGGCUAUCGCAAAUAUAUCCAGCUUAGAGCGCGCGGAUGGUUGGCUCGAGUAUGCGUCUGAUCUUGCAUUGGAGGAGUACUACCAGGGUAAACAAGCAUAUGAGAUGGAAUCUAGGCAUCGCAACGAUGAUCUGUUGCUGCAGAACCCUUUGUUGGAUAAGAAAGGAGCAGAGAAGUUGUGGGAUAUUAUGAGGAAGAAAGCAGGGGAACGAUUGAAAGAGGUAGUCUUCUAUGCUGGUGACUGGACAAGGUCAUGGGAUGGACCGCUUCAUCUUGCAGGUUGGCUUGAGCAUAAGAAGGAGAGAUGGUAUUGUAGUGAGGGGGGCUGUGUGGAGAAAUGGGGGGAUCAUGAGUACGAUGGGAUUGACGAAGAGGAGUCCCUAAGCGAAGUUGAGAUCAACGACGAAGACGAGGAAGAGAAGAGAGAGUUGAAAGCCUUGCAAAAGGAAAUGGAGUUGUGAAGGAUAUGACAUACACACC